AUGCCUCGCUCCGUCCCCCAAUUCAGCGAUUUUCGAGACGAACAAGAUGACCCUGAUUGUGCGCCCGCUGCCCGCACCGCCCCUCCUUCGCCCUCCGCAUUCCGCCGCAGCUACCUAACCGAGGAGCAUACCGGCUACCAGUCGCUCGACUCGCACUUCGAGGCCAACGAAACAACUAGUCUCCUCGGUCCUCCAGGGUCUCAGGAAAGAAGAGCUCCUCGUCGCUCAUACACCAGUACCUCAGGCCAGCUCGGGCAGGACUUCGGGAGGCCUCUUUUUAGCUCAGGGAGCUCCCGUCGAGUCCGACCAAAUUCACAGGCCCGGCUUUUAAGCCGCCGGAACAGUACUCUCGAGAGUGGAGAGGAAGAUCGCGUUAGCUUACCGCCGUCUAUGAAAGACGGCUUGACUGCUUCAUCUUUCCUAGAUGAACGCAGUUGGUACGAUCAGUUCACCUCCACGGAUUGGGUCCAUGACAGCAUCGCCGACGGGAAUCGCCUUCGCCGACUUAGACAGCGGAAGGAUGUUCGGGGCCGACUCUUGGCUGCGCUUGAUGGUGGCCAAGGGUGGGUCCUCGUGGCUCUAACCGGAUGUGUUACUGCAGCUAUUGCAUUCUUAGUGGAUGUGUCCGAAGAAACAGUCUACGAUGCAAAGCUCGGGUUCUGCUCCACCUCCUGGUUUUCUUCGCAUAGUAAAUGCUGUGAAGGCGAGGCCCAUUGUGAUGCUUGGCGAUCCUGGUCACAGCUGGCUAUGAGAACGGAAACUGAUAAUAUCUGGCUCAACUAUGCCAUUUUUGUGAGCUCGGUGGUUGCGCUUGCGAUGAUCUCUUGCGCUCUGACGCUCCUUACCAAAACAGUCAUUCCCUCAUCUAUUUCCUUAGCUACUCUUGAUGAAAAUCUCGGUGCGGAGUCACAUAAGGAUCCCUUCAGCAACCAGAGUGAUUCUCCAGUAUCGGAGACUAGUCCUCAUGGGACAUUUCCCAAUAGUCCACCUCGUCCAGCAAUGAUUUAUUAUUCUGCUGCAGGCAGUGGAGUUGCGGAGGUGAAGGUCAUUAACAGUGGAUUUAUCUUACAUGGAUACCUUGGCUUGAAGACGUUGGUCAUCAAGACCAUCGCCCUUGUUUUCAGCGUCUCCUCCGGCUUGAGCAUUGGGAAAGAAGGCCCUUAUGUUCAUAUUGCAACUUGUGUUGGCAACAUUUUCUGCCGCCUCUUUCCCAAAUACAAUAACAACGAUGCCAAGAGGCGUGAAGUCCUGAGCGCGGCGGCUGCGAGUGGUGUUGCUGUCGCCUUUGGGGCGCCUAUCGGCGGUGUCCUUUUCAGCUUGGAAGAGGUUAGCUAUUACUUCCCACCGAAGACCUUAUUCCGAACAUUCUUUUGUUGCAUUGUUGCAGCUCUGUCCUUGAAGUUUCUCAACCCCUAUGGCACAGGUAAAAUUGUGCUGUUUGAGGUCCGCUACCUUUCUGAUUGGGAGAUGUUCGAGCUUUUCAUCUUCAUAUUCCUGGGCAUCCUUGGCGGUGCCGCUGGAGCGCUCUUCAUCAAGGCUACUGCUCUAUGGGGUCGAUGCUUCCGUCGCAUCUCGGCCAUCAAGCAUAGCCCCAUGCUUGAGGUCUUUCUAGUAGCUCUCCUAACCGGGGUGGUCAGCUUUUGGAACAGGUACACCAAAUUGGGCAUUGCCGAACUGCUGUUGGAGAUCACGAGUCCAUGUGAAUCGAGCUCAACAGAGUCCGUGGGUCUUUGUCCACGUGAAGACAACGUACUGGAAAGUAUCCAGUAUCUUCUCGUUGCAUUUGUGGUUAAAAGUCUGCUCACGGUUGUCACCUUCGGCCUGAAGGUUCCUGCUGGAAUUUACGUCCCGUCCAUGGUGACUGGGGGCCUCAUGGGUCGCAUUGUUGGCCAUGCAGUUCAGUAUGUGGUUACAAAAAAUCCGACCUUCAUCCUGUUCAAUUCUUGUCCGGCUGCCCCUGGUAUGGAGUCAUGCGUUACUCCAGGGGUUUAUGCGCUCGUAGCAGCAGGUGCUACGAUGUGCGGUGUCACUCGUCUUUCUGUCACUUUGCCUGUAAUCCUAUUCGAGUUGACUGGCAGUCUUAACCAUGUCCUCCCAUUCUCUUUGGCAGUGCUCUGCGCUAAAUGGACUGCCGAUGCACUCGAGCCUCGCAGCAUAUAUGACUUCUUGACAGAUAUGAACUCUUACCCAUUCCUCGACAACAACAUGCAAAUGACGAUCGAUGCUCAAUUGGGCGACAUCGUCCGGCCCGUUCGGAACAGCCGCAUCAUCGACAUCUCCAACUCGCCGUUUGUCCCAGCUACAGAUCUUCGUCUCAAACUCGAGCAUUUGCUGAUGGCAGGCGAGAUCGACAGUGGCUUGCCCAUCCUGCGAGAUGGUGUCUUGACCGGCAUGAUCCCUGUUCCAGAUCUCGAAUUCGGUCUGGAUCUUCUUGGUGACACUGAGGAUCACACCCUUUGCCUGAUGACUGUUGAUACAUCCGUCGUCAUCUAUGAUAGUGAUGACGAUAAUGUUUUGAAAGAAGACUUUUUACCAUACAUCGAUCAUGCCCCCAUCGCGCUUGACAUCCACUGCCCUAUCGAUCUGGUAUAUCAAUGCUUUACCAAGCUCGGUCUUCGAUACUUGUGCGUCCUUCAGGAUGGAAAGUACGCUGGUCUCGUACAUAAGAAGUCGUUUGUGAAGUUCAUGAAGGAGCACAACGAGUAA